GGACCUGGGACAUAAGCUGAACCUCUGGCCUGCAGUUCCAGAUCCAAGGGGACUGAGACAAACUGCCGGCUGCCACUGGCUUGUCAGGAGCACCUGAAUCUGCUGACACAUCAAGGCCACUUUUCUUAGGAGCCCCCUGACUACCAAAAUCAGUACCUUUGGAUUCAUCUCUUCUGGGAGAGUUCAGUGUCUUCUGAAGUGUUACACAACGUACUUCAGGGCAAGAAGGUGUCCACGAGGAGCUCGACUUUAUAGAAAGGAGAUGGACCACAUGUCUCCCAGGCUGAGAGCCUUCCUCUCCGAACCCAUUGGAGAAAAGGAUGUCUGCUGGGUGGAUGGCAUCAGUCAUGAGCUCGCAAUCAAUUUGGUCACCAAAGGUAUCAACAAGGCCUACAUCCUGCUGGGACAAUUCCUUCUGAUGCACAAGAAUGAAGCCGAGUUUCAGAGGUGGCUCAUCUGCUGUUGUGGUGCCACUGAGUGUGAGGCCCAGCAGAGUUCUAACUGCCUCAAGGAGUGGUGCGCCUGCUUCCUGUAGACACAAGCCUCAUCGCUGCCCCCCACCCCCUGGGGAAAAUGACACCCUCUCCACCU